GUUAAGGGAGGAGUGGGCUGAAAGGGGAAGUUCACAUGCUAUACAAUUAAACUUAACGGAUCUAAAAACAGACCUCUGAUAUGAUUCAUGAUAAUAUUUCCAUCCUGUUAGAAAGUGAAAGAACAACUGAGGAAGUAUUUCUGUUCCUAGAAAAAGGACAGGAGAAGAACUUCAGGCUGUGGGAGAACUUGUUGCAGAACUGUUGAAGAGAAGUUGAAGAAAGAAAGUCCUACAGUUUUGGACUGACAUAAGGACAUCUCAUCAUCCCUGAGAACACUCUCCCGCAGCUGUCCCCCUCAAUCUCACUGCCAAAUAUUCCUUCACAUGUCUGUUAUGGCCAACUCCACAGAACGUAGCGUAACAAGCAAAUCUGACACAUCACUCAUAUCUAUUCAGGGACCAUACUUUGAAGCCAUAGUUGGAGUUGUCAUUGCUGUGGUGGUUCUGAUCCUGAUCCUCCUCCUGGCCGUCAUUCUGCGAUACAUGUACAAGCACAAGGGCACAUAUCAUACCAAUGAGGCCAAGGGCACAGAGUUCGCAGAGACAGCAGACACUGCUCUGCGUGGAGACCCUGCCCUGCAGGACGCCAUGGAUGAGAGCAAGAAAGAGUAUUUCAUAUGAGACACAAUAGCUGGCCCUUUAUACACAUCAUAUAAUAAACUCCUACAGGCUCACAUGAUGCCUCAACCCUGUUUGCUGGAGCGGUGAAGUAACUGACUGAGAUCCCCGCAAACAGAAACAAACACAAAGAGUAUUGUGAAAUUUCUUCUAUAUUUCAAUAUCUGAGAUCGUUUAUAUUUAUUUGUUCCUCAAAAAGAGGUAAUAUUGGGUACAGAUGAAAGAAUAUGCCACACUCCUUGUAAAGCUGAGUGUCUAAACAAACAUCAGCUCAGGAGAGUGAGAUGGUAUUCAGAUGAAGGGAAGGAAAGUCUUUGAUCUCAUUAGACAGAAUGUGAAUGAUAGGUGAUAUACGAAGACAUUGAAAUCAACACUGUUAAAAAACAAGAAUGUGAAAUUAAUUGGUCUCAUAUGUAUAUUCUAUAUACUGUAUAUGACAUACUGUAUGUGACCCUGGACCAUAAAAAAGGUCU